GUCAAGAAGAACUCGGGGAAACUAGUUAGUAGGGCAGAAGCUACAUGCACAUGUGUGAAAGCAGUAUCCUCUGGUUCGUAAGUACGUCGGUAAGCAACAUUUCGACAGACAUUGCCAGGACCACAACGUACAUACCGGCAACGCAACAAUCCAAUGGAGGCCAGGGUCGUCGAUUGGACCCCCAGAUAGCGCACCAGCUCGUGGGCUGCUUAGGUGCAUAGCAGUCCCUCUCGCACCCUCCUUGUUCCUGGUCCCUGGUGUGGUGUUCUGGGUAGCGUGAUGGGGAAGCCAAGAGCGAAAGAAGAAUCGCCGCCGCCGCCAUUCUGGGCCUGGUCGAAGAGCUUGAACCGGGUGGAGGGGGUGGUGAUGGUGCGGGCAGGGAUGGGAAUGGAGACCGCUGCUGUCUCUUUUGCAUCUGCCAAGGACCCGCUUCGAACGGGCUGCGAUGUUGCAAGGGGCCCCAGCAAGACGGAGCCAGAUUCGAACGGGUUGACGGGGCAGGACGGGAGACGGUGCGCAAAGACGGAGGUGAGGAGUCGAGUAAGCCGACGCGGUGCCGUUAAGCUUUGGCUCUGCCGCCGUUGCAUGAUACUGAGCCUUCUCGACCACGACGCCGUGUGUAGGCCAGUUGAGAUAACUCUGCGUGUUCAGGUUCUCAUUCUGACGAGUCGAAAAUUCAGACGACAGGUUUACGAAAGCAUCGCCGCAGCCAGAUCUAGCCUCUUCGUCUGGUCUGCUAGAUUCUUCAUGAUCCUAGCUUCAACGAGAAGAAAUUAGAAAUUUGGGAAAGGCAAACAUUCGUGGUCUCGCCUCUUCGGUCUCCUCUUCGGUGUAGACGACGCCAAAGUUAUCUUAGACUCGCUUCUUCGGUGCCAAAGAAUCAUGCUCGCUGCGAGUCAACGGCAACGCUGCAUGACCA